CCUGUUUGUUUCUCUCCCUCUAUCCUCUCUUCCUAUUAAACCAAAUCAGAAAAUGCGUCUCUGUUUUCUCUUCUCUGUUUUAGCUGAUUCAGAUUCAGAUCUGUUCGUCUCUGUGAGCUAGAGAGGGAGAGAAAGAUCAGAAAGGAGAACCUAUGGCGGUUGUCUCUCCUCUCGCCAAAUACAAGCUCGUUUUCCUGGGCGACCAAUCCGUUGGGAAAACCAGCAUUAUCACCCGUUUCAUGUACGACAAGUUUGACACUACAUAUCAGGCCACAAUUGGCAUUGAUUUUCUGUCCAAGACAAUGUACCUUGAAGACAGAACAGUUCGUUUGCAACUUUGGUAUGCCUUCUUCAUUUUCUGGGAUACUGCUGGACAGGAGAGAUUUAGGAGUCUCAUUCCAAGCUACAUUAGAGACUCUUCUGUUGCAGUAGUUGUAUAUGAUGUAGCUAAUCGACAAUCAUUUUUGAAUACUUCCAAGUGGAUUGAGGAAGUACGCACAGAACGAGGAAGUGAUGUCAUCAUUGUUCUUGUUGGGAACAAAACUGAUCUUGUUGAUAAACGGCAAGUUUCAAUAGAGGAGGGAGAUGCCAAGUCCCGUGACUUUGGAGUUAUGUUCAUAGAAACCAGUGCAAAAGCAGGAUUCAAUAUCAAGCCACUAUUCCGUAAAAUUGCAGCUGCCUUGCCAGGGAUGGAGACCCUCUCCUCGACAAAACAUGAAGAUAUGGUUGAUGUGAACUUAAAGCCCACUGUCAAUUCAUCCCAAUCAGAGCAGCAAGGAGGAGGCUGUUCAUGCUAGAGUACAAUAUGAUGACAAAUUUCCAUUCAUCAAUACCUUAUGCGAGAGUUGCAGAUAGGAUAAUUUUGAGAUUAGUUAAUCCCGAACUACAUGAGAUUUUGGCGGAUUUGAUGCUUCUGGAGAAGUAGUUUCCUAGUUGGCCAAUUUAACAUUAGGCUGUUAAUAGUCCCUAGUAUCUACAGUAUCUGAGGUUAUCAUUGAUGUACUGUUCCAAGAUGCUUAAGAUAUUAGCGGCUGAAGAUGUGAUUGGCUGAUUGUUUUUUUUUUUUUUAAUUUGUA